CGUGGGCCACGUGCGCUCACCGGAGCGGCCUUGCUGCUGCCGCGGCCACCGGGGUCGGCUGGGACACUUAGACGGCGGGCACGUCCCCUUCCAGAGGCUUUAAUUGAAAAAUAGAACUCAGGAAAGUGUGGACACUGCCAGCGGCUGCAGCCAACUUGGAAUGACCUGGGAGACAAAUAUAACAGCAUGGAAGAUGCCAAAGUCUAUGUGGCUAAAGUGGACUGCACGGCGCACUCCGAUGUGUGCUCCGCCCAGGGAGUGCGAGGAUACCCCACCUUAAAGCUUUUCAAGCCAGGCCAAGAAGCUGUGAAGUACCAGGGUCCUCGGGAUUUCCAGACACUGGAAAACUGGAUGCUACAGACACUGAACGAGGAGCCAGCGACACCAGAGCCAGAAGUGGAACCGCCCAGGGCCCCUGAGCUCAAGCAGGGGCUGUAUGAGCUCUCAGCGAGCAACUUUGAGCUGCACGUCGCACAAGGCGACCACUUUAUCAAGUUCUUCGCUCCGUGGUGUGGUCACUGCAAAGCUCUGGCUCCAACCUGGGAGCAGCUGGCUCUGGGCCUUGAACAUUCCGAAACUGUCAAGAUUGGCAAGGUUGAUUGUACACAGCACUAUGAACUCUGCUCUGGAAACCAGGUUCGUGGCUACCCCACUCUUCUCUGGUUCCGAGAUGGGAAAAAGGUGGAUCAGUACAAGGGAAAGCGGGAUUUGGAGUCACUGAGGGAGUACGUGGAGUUGCAGCUGCAGCGCACAGAGACCGGAGCCACGGAGACCGUCAAGCCCUCAGAGGCCCCGGUGCUGGCAGCCGAGCCCGAGGCUGACAAGGGCACUGUGUUGGCACUCACUGAAAAUAACUUCGAUGACACCAUUGCAGAAGGAAUAACCUUCAUCAAGUUUUAUGCUCCAUGGUGUGGUCAUUGUAAGAAUCUGGCUCCUACUUGGGAGGAACUCUCUAGAAAGGAAUUCCCUGGCCUGGCAGGCGUCAAGAUCGCUGAAGUAGACUGCACUGCUGAACGGAGUAUUUGCAGCAAGUACUCGGUACGAGGCUACCCCACAUUGUUGCUUUUCCGAGGAGGGAAGAAAGUCAGUGAGCACAGUGGAGGCAGAGACCUUGACUCGUUACACCGCUUUGUCCUGGGCCAAGCGAAGGACGAACUCUAGAAACACAGUUGGAAGUCACCUCUCCUGCCCGGCUCCUGCACCCCGCAUUUAGGAGUUCAGUCCCACAGAGGCCACUGGGUUCCCGGUGGUGGCUGUUCAGAAAGCAGAACAUACUAAGCGUGUGGUAUCUUCUUUGUGUGUGUGUGUGUUCCAAGCCAACACACUCUACAGAUUCUUUAUUAAGUUUCUCCAAGUAAAUGUGUAACUCAUGGUCACUGUGUAAACUAAGUAUUUUCAGUGGCGAUAUAUCCCCUUUGACCUUCUCUUGAUGAAAUUUAAAUGAUUUCCUUUGAGACUAAAAUAUAGUUGAGGGAAAUCAAAUUGCUGGACUAUUUUUGGUUCCUGAGUUGAGUGAUUUUGGUGAAAGAAAGCACAUCCAAAGCAUAGUUUAACUGCCUACGAAUUCUGGAAAGGUGGCCUUGUGGCAGUAUUGCCGUUCCUCUGAUCUUAAGGUCACAGUUGACUCAGUACUGUGGUUGGUCUGUAGCAUGGAGCAGAUUUAAAUGCAAAACCCCACACCUUUGGAAGAUACCUUCACGGCCACUGCUGGAGCUUCUGUUUCUGUGAAGACUUCUCUCAAUGUGAGAGGUUAGCCAUAAUGAAAGCAGCGUUACUUCUGACUGUGCCUGAGUAAGACAAUGCUGAUGCCAUAACUUGACGUGUCCAUACUUGUCAAAUCAGUUACUGUUCAGGGAUCCUUCUGUUUCUCAUGGGGUGAAACGUUUCUUUAGUUCAUGUUAACACGAAGCCAGUCUACGUGAACUUUAAGAUUGGAUGUCUUCCUUAGAAGGGUAGGCAUGGAAAAUUCCACAAGG